GGGGCAUUGGGCUCUUGGAACGAGAGAAUGCGACUAUUCUAAACACCUCGAUUCUUACACUGGCGAGACGGACUGUUAGUGCUUUCUGUCGCGCUAUGGCGCAGCUUCGGUUGGAGUGUCCGCUGUAUCUCACUCAGAACGAUGGUACUUUGACUGACGCCGCGACGGCUGCAGAGUUGCCAAUCAAGACCUUCGCUAGCGGUCCUACGAAUAGCAUGACUGGCGCGGCAUAUCUAGCCGGUCUGGAUAAAGGCAUUGCGAGCCAUCUACGCUCCGAUACGCAGGUCCUCGUAGUCGACGUGGGAGGCACAACAAGCGAUGUAUGUGCAUUGCUUCCCUCUGGCUUCCCGCGCCAGGCACCGAACUUUGUCGAAGUCGGGGGUGUGCGAACGGCAUUUUCCAUGCCGGAGGUGCUGUCCAUUGGACUUGGUGGAGGCAGCCGUGUGGUACUAGAUGAGACAGCCGGCAAUGUCAGUGUGGGACCGGAGUCCGUCGGACAUGGCCUCACCAGCCAGGCGAUGGUGUUCGGAGGUGAGACACUAACAGCUACUGAUAUCGUUGUCGCAUCGGGUAAAGCAGAGAUCGGUGACUCGGCUGGAGUCCAGCAUCUACCGUCUUCACUAGUCACCACCGCGCGAGCACAGAUCAAGAAAAUACUCGAACGUGCCGUGGACGACAUGAAAGUCUCAGAACUACCAGUCACCCUACUCCUAGUCGGAGGCGGUUCAGUAGUCCAAAUGGACCCGUUAGACGGAGUAUCAGAGUGCAUAACACCUCCACAUCACGACUCAGCCAAUGCAGUGGGCGCCGCUAUUGCCAAGGUUGCUGGUGAGAUUGAUAUCAUCGAGAUCCUGGCGGAUCGCGAUCAGAAGGCUGUGCUUGAGCAGGCCAAGAACAAAGCUAUGGAAGUAGCAGUGGCCAGAGGUGCAGACCGGGAGGAUGUCAAGAUUGUCGAGGUUGACCAGAUUCCUUUGCAGUAUGUCACUAACAAAGCUACGCGACUGGUUAUCAAGGCUGUUGGGAAGCUGGCGCCGCCAAAUCCUGACAGCGCCGUUACCGCUGGGCCAGUUGUGAAUGGUUUUGAUGACGAACUGGAAGAAGUUGACGAGCACCGAGAAAAACCGGAUACAGUAUCUACCGUCAAGCACGCAGCAUACAUGAACAUCCAAGCCUACCGACCCGACGUCCGGAAUAAAGUCUGGUAUCUCUCACCCGUCGACCUCGAAUUCAUCGCUACCGGAACAGGUGUCUUAGGCACAGGAGGAGGCGGUCCAUCUCGCCUCCAGUACCUCCACAGUCUCGAGUAUUUCCGCAAUCCACAAUACAAAGGAACAAUGCGAGUUAUCGCACCAGAAAGCCUUGCAGACUCUGACGUCUGCGUAUUUGGCUCAUGGUACGGAGCACCAAGCGUCUCCGGCGAACGGAUUCCAGCGGGCGAUGAGUUAAUGACGGCUAUUGACUUCUCGGUCAAGAUAUCUGGUCAUAAACAUUUUGAAGCGAUCGUAGCAGAUGAAAUAGGUGGCGGAAAUGGGUUGGCUGCGUUUCCGUCGAGCGCUUAUUAUGAUAUUCCUGUGGUGGAUGGGGAUUUGAUGGGUCGUGCUUAUCCGACUAUUGAGCAUGGCACGCCAUAUGUAUAUGGCCAUUCAAUCGUUCCUUGUGCAGUCGCAGACGGCAAGGGAAAUGCAGCCGUAGUCAUGCAAGCGGAAUCGCACCGCCGAAUCGAGACAAUGCUCAGAUCACAAUGUGUCGAUUUGGGAAACAAAGUGGCCAUCUCUGCCACUCCGCUAACCGGCGACGUGAUCAAGCAAUACGCAAUUCCAAACACGGUAUCGCAGGCGUGGUAUAUCGGCCGUGCAAUCCAUCAAGCACGCAAGUCGAAGAAGAAUAUCAUCCAAGCUAUUUUCGACACAACCCCCGGGAAAGUCCUCUACACCGGCAAGGUAAUCCACGUGCAACGCGAUAUGAGUCGAGGCUACACCGUCGGUCAGUGUACAAUAGCACCUCUUCGCAACGACGAAAAGGAAGAUCUCAAUCAGUCCAAUAUCACCGAAGAAACCCGCAAUCUGGUCGUUCCUUUCCAGAAUGAAUUUCUGUAUGCUGGAUACGCGGAUCUAACAAAUUCGGAGGGAGAACUAGACAUCAUCUGCACUGUUCCAGAUCUUAUUUCCAUCCUAGGAACGGAUGGCGAAGCAAUUGGGUCUCCGGAGUUGCGAUACGGCCUCAAGGUCAGCGUGAUUGCGAUGGCAGCUCAUCCGCUGUGGACAGGCAAUGAAAGGGGUUUACGCAUAGGAGGCCCCGAGGGAUUCGGAUUGAACAUGUUGUGGAAGAAACUGGGCGAAUAUCAAAAACCAAGAAGUGUAGUAGAAGAGUUUAACAAAUAUUAGAUAGUCACAUGAAGCCCUGAUAACCAGCC